AUGAGUCAAGGUGAGGAAAGCAGUGGCAACUCAACAUGGAAUAUUGUGAGGUCAGUAGUCUGCAUAAUACUGGGCUUGUCAUUUAUAAUUGGCACCCCUGGAAACUGCAUUGUCAUCUGGACUGUUUGUACAAAAAUGAAGCAACUCUCUCUUUCAGUCCUGCUGAUCUUGAACCUGGCCGUUGCUGAUGUCCUUGUACUGAUCACUUUACCAAUCUGGAUUUACUCUUUUGCUGACUCAUGGGUUUUUGGAGUCAUCUUCUGCAAAAUACUGGUUUUCAUUAUUUACUGCAGCAUGUAUGCCAGUAUAUUUCUGAUUACAGCACUCAGCUUGGAGCGGCUACUGGCUGUAUUUUACCCAUUCACUAUUCAAACAUACAGAAGAAAAGAAAAAAUUUCUUUGAUUGUGUUCCUCGUUUGGUUCCUGUCUAUUGCCUUUGGCAUUUCUGUCAUUCCAUUUCAAGAGACAGAAGAAAUGAACGGUCGACUUCUAUGCACGUGUCGCAACUACUCUUCUAAUAGACAGAAAGUGUCAUAUCUUCUGCUGGAGACCCUUGCAGGUUUUGUAAUCCCUUUCUUAAUUAUUUGCACUUGUUAUGUGUGUGUUGCAAGAAGAAUAAGCAGAAUGACUUACCGAUCCAAGCAGCGAUCGGAGCGUCUCAUUGCCAGCAUCGUGGUGGCAUUCAUUCUGUGCUGGUUCCCUCACCACAUCUUUAACAUCCUGGAUAUCAUUUCAAUUGAAAUAGAACUCUCUAAUGAGGAGAUGUCUUUGGCACUGGAAGAAAUUGUAGACAAAGGAGUGUACAUCUCUGGAGCACUUGUAUUCAUCAGUAGCUGUAUUAACCCUCUGCUUUAUGCUUUUGCUGCGCGAAGGUUUCAGAACCACCUGAGGUUUGCCAAGAUGUCAAAGCUAUUUGAACAGAUCAGUCAGACUGUAACAGAGGAAGACAAGAAAAGAAGUCUGGUUGUAGCUAAACAUGAAGAUCCUUUGGUAGGCACAGAAAAUCUCUAACCAGGAACUCAGUGAAUAAUUUGUGUCAUUCCUUCAGCAGUCCUUUCUCCUCAUUCUCUCAGUUUCAUUUACUGAGCAAUCCAGGGAAAGCUAUAGAGAAAGAAAAGCUUUUUGGAUUUUUUUUUCUUGUGUGUUUUAUAAGAAUUAGCAUUAACAACCUUGUUCAGUUCAUAAGUUAAUAUUCACAUCAUGAAAUGAGCACUAUUUCCCUGUUGCUGAGAACCUCAGCAAGGUAGCUAAAAGCUAAAAUUGUGAGGAAUACAGCAUUGUUACUUUCCAUUAAAAUUAUUUCUGAUUUCUAGAAAGUCUGUCUGCAGAAAACAGAAAAGGACUGCAUGUGGAAAAGAGAGACUUUGAAAGCUUGAAACAAAUGAAACUAAAUUUUUUUUCAGAAAAAAAUCAUUACAUGUUCAAAAAUCCUUAUACAAUCUAAAGUUUUAAGAAGUUAAAUUCUUUAUAAGGCUAAGAAUGAUUUUAAAGUGUACUAAUGACAUAAAACUCUUCUGGGUUGAUAGAAAAAUCAAAGCUAUUUUUUAUUCAUUACUAUAUUUAGGUUUGAAAGUAAUAAGGGUUGUUUACAUAGUCAAGCUCAUUUACUGCUUUAUCUUGGGGUAGUAGGUUUGAACAAGUCAAACAUGGUUUAUGAGAACUGUGUGGUAUGGCAAACAUCACUGCAGACUGCAUGCUAUAUCUGAUGGCAAACACAUUGCAUACUUCAGUGGCAAUUUGAUGUAUUAAAUGUAUGUACUUUGAGUAUCCUCAAAAAUUUUCAUUCAAAGAAGUUUAGCUUCCAAGAUAUCUAUUAAAUUGUGGAAGAAUUGGAUCAGGCUCAGGUGAGGAGGAAGGAGACAUCCUUCCUAUUAUUUUUAUGUGUAAGAAAAUUAUGGUAGUAGUACAAAGUGUCUCAUAUCAGAAGACCUUCAACUUGCAAAUAAAAGAGUUAUAUUUCUUCUUCUCUUAUAGAAUAGUGGUCUUUGCCAUAGGAAACCAAUAAAAUUAGUGUUUGCAAGGGCUUUAGUUCUGUGAAUGUGUGUAAACUCACUGUGAAAAAUUGCAUGGCAUCAAGUGUUUGCUUUUGAAGUUUUAUUUAUUUCAAUUGUGCUUAACAUUUUUUACACUUGCUUUGUAAAUUUUUAAGUCAAUAAUUUGUAAUAAGAUCAAGAUAACUACUGACUACGAAGCAUAUUGUAAUUUCGUAUUCCUUGUUCUGGACAGCUGCUAAAUAGUUACCUUCCUCAUCUUUACAAAGAAAUUACAAAUACUAACCAGACAUUAAUUUUUGAAAUUUUGAAUAAUUUUGAAUUUUGAAGUGAAGGAUAUUUGAGUUGCAUUAAUUUAGCUUGUAAACUGAA